AAGAACUUUCAAAAAGCUAAUGAUCGCACUCUCACUACCAAUACCAAAGAGACCAAAACAAGGAUUCUUAACCUCAUCAAACAUGGAAAAGUAUAAGAAAUCCUAGAAUGACUUCUAUUAUUUAUAGCAAUACAUCAGGACAUGUAACCUGCUCUGUACUGUACGCCUCUGACCCAGGAAAGUGCCAUGAUGGUUCGCUAGUUUCACCUUAGCAGAGCCGAGACCUACAGAUGUGACCCACACUCCUUACAUUUUAAGAAUCCUGGAGAGAGUGAGAGAGAUGGGAAGGAACUCCAAUUCCAAGCAUAGCAACAGGAUCAUGGUGGUGGAGGAGCCCAUUUUACAACAUCCUCAACUCUCUGGUGCCUACAUCCGUAGUCUUGUCAAGCAGUUAAGGUCUUCAACAACCAAAGAUCCCAUGAAAUCAAAGUCUAGAGAUGGAGCAAGUGCAGGUAAAUUUUCCCAACACUCUGCUAAUGAUAGCGAAAGUCUUGGUGAAACUCAACAACAACAAUCACCACGUCCAAUGAAACCUUUGCUACCGAAGAAACAAGUGAGAAGAAGACUCCAUACGAGUAAGCCUUAUCAAGAAAGAUUACUUAAUAUGGCAGAGGCUCGGAGAGAGAUUGUAACUGCACUUAGACUUCAUCGAGCUACCAUGAAACAAGCAGAAGAGCAAGAACAACUGCAGCAACAUGAGCGACAACAGAAAAAUCAACCACCUUCUCCAACCCUGGAACUAUCCCCAGCAGUGUUACAAGAUCUAAAGCAGGAGCUGAAUGAUUGUAGGAGCAACUCUAGAAGGUAUCCACCUAACAACACCUUUCCUAACUAUGCUGAGAGCACCAAUUUGUCACCCCUUGCUUAUUCUUAUUUCUCUUGGAUUUAUCCACCAAUUACACCACUGUCUGUCUCCGAUAACCUCAACAUCCCUUUCCCUGACCAAUCAUUAGGCUUAAAUCUCAACUUUCAAAACUUCAACAACAAUGACAAUUUGUUUUGCAACAACCUCGACAUGAAAUCACCCAUCCAGCCAUCAUCACUACCAACUCCGUCUUGUUCAAAUUAUCUUACCAGUAUCAUGUCAAACACCAAAGUACCAUUUAUCUCUAAGGCAUACUGUCAGGCCUCUGGGGUUGCAUUGGACCCAACCUCAGCAUCAUUGCAUCCAAGGAUGGAUGAUGAUGAGAUCGCAGAGAUCCGUUCGAUCGGAGAACAACAUAACAUGGAGUGGAAUGACACGAUGAAUUUGAUGACAUCCGCAUGGUGGAGUAUGUUCCUCAAAAACAUGGAGGGUGACCUAUGUGAGAGUGAAGAAGUAGCUGACGAGGGGUUUCAUAUGUUUGAUGAGGUUUUUAAUUUGCCAUAUUGGUUGCAUAGUGAAGGGGAUGCUCCGCAGUCUUGCCUCUUCCAACAACAUAUGAAUAGCUACUACAAUGAAGAGGACUACUUGUAUGAUGCUGCCUUGCCAUGCUUUGACAUUGGAGAAAUUUAUGGUCAGGAUGGAGAUCGGGUUUAGGAUUCAGGAUUCAGCAUUCAGCGAGACUUAUCAUUUUUAAUAAAG